AGUAGUGCUGUUACAUUCAGUGUCGUCACGAAACUGUGGAAGGAAGAAUGUUCGCAGUGUAAUUUGUUUCUUGUGGUUGACCUGGAGACGCCUUCAGUAUAUCAGAUUAUAUAGCGUUGAAUGGUAGGAUGACUGGUGAAUAAUAAAUGCUUCGUAUAAAGAGAGCAUGCACACAAUACAUCAUAAUCAGUAAUUUAUUAAAAUCGAAGCCAGCAAAUUAAGCAGAAUGGAUGAAAUGGAAUUCACAACGCAGAGCGCUACAGAGACCACUGGAGAGCAUACGCCUCUUGUUCAGUCACGUGAGGUCUCCACAAACGGUUACGGGUCUCGACAUACCAACCAUCUGUCCCUGCCUCUGAAAGCUGCAUAUGCGUUGGGACAUGUCUUUAAUGAUAUCACUGCGGCCAUGUGGUUUUCAUACACGCUAUUGUUCCUGCAAAUGGUGAUUGGCAUGACGCCUGAACUUUCCGGGGCUAUGCUGCUUAUAGGUCAGCUGACUGAUGGGAUAUGCACACCAAUUGUGGGAAUAAUGUCUGACCGCAUUGGAAGCAGAAAAACAUGGCACAUUGUAGGCUCAAUGUUCGUUCUGCUCUCCUUUCCCCUACUCUUUGCACCAUGCCCUGGCUGUAAGGGUACGGACAUAACCACCAACUAUUGGCUGCUGGCUUUGUACUAUGCAACCCUUAUAGCUGUAUUCCAGGGAGGAUGGGCUAUGGUUCAGAUCUCACAUUUAGCACUGCUUCCUGAUCUGACACCAACACAACAGGGUAGAUCAGAGCUUACUGCCCUUAGGUACUCUGCAUCAGUCUGCUCCAGUCUAGCUGUGUAUGUUAUAACUUGGAGUGUAUUUCGUGCUACAAAAGGAAAUGGAUUAGAUAAGAUUGGACCUGAUGAUGAAUAUAAAUUUUGGGAUGUUGUAAUGUUUGGGAUAGCUAUAGGAGUAACCACCAAUAGUCUCUUCCACUUUGGGAUGUGGAAAGUGAGCACACAUACAAGUUGGCAACAUACAACUGAACAAGAGUCAUCAUCCAUGAGAAGACUUCUUAGCUAUCUUCAAUCUCCGGCUUUGUUUCAAGUGUCACUGCUCUAUGUGACCAGUCGACUAUUUCUCACAAUAAGUCUUGUGUAUAUGCCACUUUACCUGAAUGAGAGUCCAACUGAAGGAGAGGAACUUCUAGCCAGUGUUCCUUUUGUGUGUUAUCUCUCCUCAUUUUUAGCAUCGGUUGGGAUCAGAUACCUUAACAGUCUAUAUGGAAGCAAGCUCAGUUAUCUGUGCGGAGCAGUGAUCAGUAUAUUGGGCUGUGUGUGGAUACGAUUUGGAAUGACACAGAAAUACCUUAUCUUUUCCAUUUAUGGCGUGGCUGUGUUACUUGGUGCAGGAAGUUCCAUAACUAUGGUAACAAGCCUCUGCAUUACAGCUGAUUUAAUUGGUUCCCAUACUGAAAAUGGUGCCUUCAUUUACAGUGCUGUUACUUUUGCUGACAAAGUGCUCAAUGGAAUAGCUGUAAUGAUCAUUGAAGAACUGAAAUAUGUCACCAGCAGCUCUUAUCCUCAUUACUAUCGUGAUAUAAUAGCAUAUGUGUGUGGUAGCUCAUCAGUGUUGGGCCUCAUUGUCCUAAUAUCACUGCAUUCUGUAAACCCUGGAAUGAAUCACAGAGUUGGCAACAACAUAUUAGGAGGAAAUUUAAAACCCUUAGACAGAGCACAGAACAAGAAAAAAUUAUUGCGCUUCCUUCCCAAUGGCAUAAAACAUUUGUGACAGUGAAUAAAAUUAUAGUUUUACUUAUAAUAAUACUGCACGAAUGACCGGGAGGGUGUUAUAAAAUAAAAAUGUGGUGAAGUUCCUUUUGCUUAGAAUCAGAAAGUCAACAAUGUGAGUGAAUGUGAUCAGACUGCAUGUGCAUUAGAAUGUUGCAUAUAUGAACUCAUUCUGUGAUGCUGUGCCAUGUAAUGAAAUUGUACAAACAACUUUAACAUGUAAUAUUCUCAAAAUAUUGGACAUUUGUAAGUAGUUUUCAAAAUGUUUCAAGUGUUUUGGUACUGGUUUUGAUGAAUUUUCAAUUUAAGACUGGGACAUGGAAAAUUUAUAAAAAAAUUCUCUGGCUGGAUAUAAAUAUUGAAUUGUAAUGUACUAUGAAGUUUCAUGAGUCAUGAAAACAGUUUUGUUCAAUAAAAUGUAAUU